AUGGCCGACAAUCUAGUGUUUAAAAGGUGUUUUGUUUGUUAUGAAGCAAGCAAAAUAGGGUUUCUUAAUGGUUGUAGCCCAUUUACUGGGUUGGAUGGAUGCCAUCUAAAGGGAAAGUUUGGAGGGAUACUACUGGCAGCUAUUUCUGUUGACAGGAAAAAUGGAUUAUUUCCACUUGCCUAUGCUGUUGUUGAAUAUGAGUGCAAAGACAGCUGGCUGUGGUUCCUUCAAAAUCUGUAUACUGCAUUGUAUUCUACAUCAAAUGACAUGGGGUAUUUAACUUUCAUGUCAGAUAAGCAAAAGGAGUUAACUGAUGCAAUUAAGGAGGUUUUCCCUGAAUCACAUACAAGGCAUUGCAAUAGGCAUUUGUAUGCAAAUUUCAGGAAAGAUUAUAAAGGUGAGAAGCUAAAAGCUUUAUUUUGGACUGCAUCAAGGGCUUACAGAGAAAUUGAGUGGACAGAGACAAUGGCUAAGAUCAAGAGUAUAAAUCAAAAAGCAUAUGAUUUUCUGAUGGAAAACCAGCCUAGUUCAUGGUCAAGAUGGGCAUUUAAUCACCAAACAAAAAGUGAUCACAUAACCAACAACAUGACAAAGUCCUUCAAUAACUUGGUAGGCCCGUAUAGAGACAAACCCAUCUUAUAUUCAAUUGAUCAAGUGCGGAUAAGUUUGAUGGAUAAAUUACAUAAGAGGUUUGAGCAAGCUUGUUCUUACAAGGGGACUUUGACACCAAAGAUUAAGAAGAGAAUGGAUGUGAUCCACCAGCAUUCAAGAUCUUGUGUGGCCCUAUCAGUAGGAUAUAACGAAUUUGAGGUGAACGAUGGCACAUCAAGAUUUGUGGUAAACUUGAAUACUCGAAAAUGUGGGUGUCAAGAGAGUCAAAAUGUGGGGGCUAGUGAAGCUGAAGUCAAUGUCUCUCAACGGACAAGAUCACAUAAUGCAUCAACUGCAUUGAAUGAUAGUGUUCAAGCAAGGAAAACAGGGAAAGCAACAGCAGCUCGGGCAAGAAGACGUGAAAAGGAGGCAAUGCAGAAACCAAACAAGAAUUAA